CUCUAUCUGUCAUGGCGCGCAGUUGAUAAAUUUCGAUUUUGAGUGUGCGGUGUUUCCUACCUCGACAAAGUUUAAAAAAUAUCCAUUAGCUAUUACCAGUAAUAUAAGUUCAUUUUAUUGCAAUAGAAUUUUUUUCGAUAUACACCGAAGCUAAAAGCUUUUACCAUGAGUUAUAGAGACACGUAUUCACUCUUUCCGAGAUCUCAUUCUUACUGUGCGGCUAAUGAGCAGCGCGUAGGAACCUACCUACGGACAUUAAUGAGCUUCGGCUCGUCGCCGUCGUCAGUGCUGAGCUCGCUAUCGACGUUCCGUUCGCGGCCAUUCGCGGACAUCACGUACAACCCCACGCCUGAUGUUAACGAAGUGUAUCCGGGACUGUAUGUCGGAGAUGCAGUCGCAGCAAAGGACAAAGCGUUUUUGAGGAGGAUGGGUAUUAACUACGUCCUGAACACAGCUGAGGGCAAGCGCUACACCCAAGUCGACACAGACCAUUUGUACUACCGGGACUGCCCGGGCCUGCGGUACAAAGGCUUCCAACUGAUGGAUCUUCCCACUACCGACAUAUCGAAGUAUUUCCACAUAGCUGCUAAUUUCAUCGACGAGGGCAUUUCUAGCGGAGGUCGCGUGCUGGUGCACUGCCUGAUGGGCGUGUCGCGGUCGGCGACGUGCGCGCUGGCGUUCCUGAUGAUCAAGCGCGGCAUGUCGCUGACGGAAGCGCUGGGCACGGUGCGCGCGCGCCGCGACAUCCACCCCAACGAGGGCUUCCUGCGCCAGCUGCAGCAGCUCGACCGGGAGCUGCGCGUCACGCGCGUCCGCUGACCCUACACCCCCUCCCAGCCUCUGUUCAACUAUCCGUUCGAGUUUGGAUACGGACGGCGCGUACGAAGCCUUGACAGAGCUCACAGUUACCGUUACUAAUACUUACCGUUCAAAUUGAUUUUAAACUAAGCUCAAUUUACGUCCUUUCUUCGAUUUUAAUGUUGCCAUGUUGAAGUGUUCGACGUAUAUGAGCAUCAUUCGGAAUUAUUUUUUGGUUAUUAAAUUUUAAAAUGUUUUAUAAUAGGCUAUAUUUUUGUGCCACAAAGUUGAACGAGCUGUAGUCAUGGUCGGAGGCUGGUGUUUAUAAUAUUAUAUGUAUGAUGUAAAAUGAUAUAACCGUUUUCGAAAAUGAAUAUUAAAAUGUAUAACAUGAAUUAAAUUCUAUAGGUGUUGUUGAAACGUAACAAGUUUUACGAUUUGAAAUAUAGAAAUAAUGAUAUUUAUUAUUAUAGUGUUAAGUUGUACGAUCAAAACGUCCAACUACAUUGAAAUGCCUAAUCAGCAAUGUCUUGGACUCCUGGCAGGACACUUAAUGUGCUCUCAAAUGUCCAUUCUUAAAUUAAGGAUUGUUUUGACAUCGAAGACUAAAUUAAAAUAAUUCUAAUAUAAUAAAACGAAAUUUUCCGUCACAGUACUUCAUUUCACAGUUAAAAACCUAAAAUCAGAUAGUGUGGAGAUGUUUCGAGGUCUAGAUUUUAAGUUUUCAAUUGUCAUUGUUAAUGACUUGUUGGACGUUUCGAUGGUUAAACAUCAUUAAUUGCUAUGAAUAACAUGUAAUGCUGUUAUCAUUAAGUAAAUAGUUAUUGAAAUCUUAAACUAAGUACCUAUAAGGUCUAUAAGUUAAAGACUCACGAAACUUACAUUAUAACUAAACAUGCUAGUAUUUCUGUGAUCAUCGUAUUAUUUUUUAUCAACAUACGAAAUAUUAGAUAUACUUUAACAUUUAGUUAUAUUCGCGCGUGCCAUCAUGUUUCCAUAUAGCGAACAAUUGCUGUUAUUAUUUAUAAUAUGUAAAUUUCGUAACAUAGAUUAAGAACUAUCAAUAGGUCCAAUGUAUGUUACAAACUUAAUAGUGUAUCAUCAAAGUGUAUUUAACUAAAGUACAAUUAUGUAGCCUUACUGUCAUGUGAUUGUCAUGUUGCAAUAACGUCGGUGUCACGGCGAUCUGUGGUGGAUAGUGUUAAGUUUUUCUUCAAGACUGGCAAACGCGUUGAGUGAUGGCUUAUUCAUAGUAGUGGUAUUUAGCUUAGCAUUUGUGUCAUUACCUUGCAGCAGGUGUCACGGCGCGUGCGCACAUUGUCGCCCGCCGACGACGCGCACUAGUUGCCAACUCGCGUGACAUUUGGCUGCACAUGUGUGUCACUAUCAAAUGUCUAUUUUUAAUUCAAACUUUUGGGAUUUCAAAAUGGAGUUUUAGUUUUGGAGUUUUUUUGUAUUACCUGAUUUUGUGUAUAUUAUUAUUAUCCAUUGAUAAAUAUCGAUAAACUUUAGAUGCGACCUGAAUCUUGUGUAAUAAAAUUUAUACACAAUAUGUAUGUGACACCGUAACGAUGCCUGUCGAUGAAACGAUUUAUCUAACUGUCAAAGUUAAAGAAAGAUGAGUUAAUAAUUAUACUCAUUUAUAACACACGUUCGCCUUUGUAGUGCAGUUGAAGAGCCGGCUACGAAACAAAGCAAAGGUUCGAAACUCGAAUAAAGAAAAUUAGCUUAAAUGUAAACAGUACUGAGUUAUGUCUGAAUGUUAUGGUCUGUGAUUCUCAAUUCUCAUUAUAUCAAGACUUAUAUCAGUGUUAUGUAAGGAAUGUGUGUGACACAGUUAGAUAAAUUAGUUUAAAUAAUGUUAUGUAAAAUGAACAUUGCGUUACUAAUCACGAGACCCGCAUCUGGUAGCUCAUUAUAAACAUUUUACAAAAUACUUUUUAAAUGAAAAAUUAAUUUAAAUGAACAGCUGAUUUUCCCAGUAGGUACUCUAAAAUAUUGUCUUGACUUAUUCAACGCGACAUAAAAUCCUUUAUAAGAAGAUUAGAAUUCCAUCGAAAAAUAUCAGUUCUCGUUACGAUGUCACAUCACUCAUUAUUUAUUUUUGUAAUGAUUUAUAUAAUUGGUAUUUUUGUUGACUAAAAGUUUCGAUGACGAUGAGGAUAGUAGGCAUGUGACUCUUGAACUAGUCACUGUUUGUGUGCAAGUAUUUAUAAAUGAAAUGCACCAAAGAAAUCAAAUGUGAUAUGAAAUGUGAGGAAAGAUUAAUCAUAUAUUUUUUACUUGAUACCACUCGAAAAUUAUUUUUGCGUAAAUCGUAGCCUUGCUAGAAACUAUUAGUAUUGUAUUCAUUAUGAUAAUGAGCAACAUAGUAUCAUUAAUAGUUUGACCUGGAAAACAUACACCACCAUGACAUACCUUUUAUUUUCAGAUUUUAAAGUACAA